AUGAAACCAUUUACUUUCAUCUUAUUUUUUUCAUUAUUUUUAAUAAUAUUAACAAAUAAUAUUGAUACCGAUUUAUCAUCACAUGCUGUUAUUGUUUGUCCAGAUGGAGUAUCAAUGUGUCCAUCGACUAGUACUUGUUGUAUAUCAAUAGAUGGUGAUUAUUCAUGUUGUCCAUUGGAAGAAGGUGUUUGUUGUUCAGAUCAUAUACAUUGUUGUCCUCAACAUUAUAAAUGUGAUUUAAAAAUUUUUAAAUGUGAUCGAACAUGGAAGGCAAAACUCCUUCAAAUGAAACCAUCAUUAAAUAAAAAUUGA